GCUUCGACUGCGACACGCAGCUGAAUGCCAUGAAGCGACUGCUGGGGUUGGCGGCCGCGCGCGGCGCUUGCCACGCCGACGAACUCUUCUACUUGUUCAACAACGCGGCUAACCAAGCUGAGUACGAGGAAAGCGAGAAGUUGAGAGCUCUAGUCUACAACAUCACUAAAUUGUGGACAGAUUUUGCUAAAACUGGUGAGCCCAUACCUGAAGCAUUGGGGCAAAAAAAAAGAUGGCCGGCGCUGACCGCGACCUGCGCGCGCGGUCCCUACGUCAUCUCCCACAACCUUCCUAACGCCGACGUCAGCGCCAAUGCCGACGCCGACGUUGACGCCGGCGCCGGCGCCGACGCCGACUGCCGUCGCGUGCGUUUCUGGAACAAAUUGUACAAAGAUGCCGGCCUGCCUUUUAUUGCUAACAGCACUUUGUAAAUUAAAAGGGACUAAUUAAGAAUUUUUUUUUAUAAUGAAACGAUUUUGUAAGUUAAAUUAAUUAUCAGAAUAAAAGACUGUAUAAAAGUAGACAUAAAAUAUUAAACUGUAAAUUUUAAUCAAAUGAGCAAUUAAAAUGAACCCCUAAAAAUACAGUUUCGGUCCAUCCAGAGAUUCCAAAAAGAAAAAAAUAUAUACAGGAUGAUUCUUAAAGUACGGAUCAACGUCUUUGUGGAGUUGAGGAUCUCAAUAGCAUUUAGUUUAUACUAAAUGUAGGGAUUUGUUACUGUAUUAUAUUGUUAGGAAUUCACAAGAUUUAUAAAUAUAAUUGAAUAUAGUAAA